GAAAUUAAUUUUAAGGAUGCGAUAUAAACAAAAGCGUCGUAAAACAAAAACAUAAUACUAGUAGAACAAGGGUUGGCUUCUUGGUUGACCGCCAGGAGAUAAAAAGACGUGCCAACGGUGGUAAAGUGGUUUAACGAUAAAGCAGCGCCAGAUCCGUGUCCGCGCAAUGCUGUCAUUCGGACAAAUCCACGCACACAGCCGGGACUGGAUGCGCUCCCGUAAUGAGCUUCUUCCCCAGAAGUGAGGAAAUGGUGGAAAUGAAAGAGGACACGGACGGGCAUCGUGGUCCACGUCUAGGGGGAUGCAUCUUGAUAGCAGCUGGGGUUUCCAUAGCUGCCAUAGCUGCGAUCAUCACAGUCAGUUUGGUCAACAAAAGUUCGCCUCCGCCAGGACCAGCCUUUCCUACUGGGGGGGACAUGCUGGAUUAUCUGUUCCAGCUUGGAUAUAUACAGGAGAAGGAUGGGUUGCAUGUUUCCUGGUACCACUCUGCAAACAGUAAGACCGAAAUGGAGGAGUCGCUGAAAAGCGAGGCGAUGGUCCUUGAGGCUGAUGUGAACGUGGAGGGGUACGGCACGUCCGGACAGACGAACAUCCCCAUCAUGGCCCACCCCCCCGAUAUCUACAGCGACAAUACCCUGCAGGAGUGGCUCGAUGUGGUUCUCAGAUCGAAGAAAGGAAUAAAGCUCGAUUUCAAGAGCAUCGAAGCAGUGGAGCCUUCUUUGGACCUUUUAGCAAGGAAAAAUCUGAAAUCAGAAAUAAACAGACCAGUCUGGCUAAAUGCUGAUAUCCUCCAUGGUCCAAACGUGCCUAACUUUGUGCGAGUAAUUAAUGCCACAAGGUUUCUCAGUCUCAUCCAAGCGAAAUUUCCAGAGGCCACCAUCUCUCCAGGCUGGAAGGCUCUCUACCUGCCCCUGUUCCCCGGCGCCACCUACACCCGCGCCAUGGUGGAGGAAAUGUACGCGAGUAUCAGGAACGUCACCCAGAAGGUGUCCUUCCCGGUGCGGGCCGUCAUGUGCAAACGGGCCUGGCCUCACUUCAGCUGGCUGCUGAGGCAGUCUCCCAGAUACAGCCUUACUCUGUGGCAGGGGAAGUCCGAUCCUGUCACUGUGAAUGACCUUUUAUUCAUACGGGACAACAGCCUGUCAGAGCAGAUCUACUAUGACAUCUACGAGCCAGUCCUGUCUGAAUUUAAAGAGGCUGCAAAGCAGAACAAUAGAAAAAGAAGGUUUUACCCAGGAGGAAAUGUGGUGGACUACUUCAGACCUAAGAACUCUGAUGGCUUGAAUAUCCAGUGGUAUACUGUUGACAACACCAUUGGGCUAAUGUCUUCACUGAGAGAUGAGGACGGGGGGAUGCUGGUCAUUCCAGUGGUGUCCAGAGAAGGCAGCCUUGAGGUCAGGCUGGUGGACAGGUCCGCACCUGUGCUCCUGCUGCAGGACUGUCUGGACACCAUAUUCGCCUCUCCCAAACCGUGGGGCAUUUACCUGAAGAUCAGAUCACAAGACGCCCUCGCUCCCACGCUCCUCCUCCUCCAGCAAGCCUACGAGAGCGACCUCCUUCAUCACCCCACCUGGAUAAACAUGGACAUCUCCUUUGGGAGAUUCCACACACCAGGCUACGUGGAUGGCAAGGAGUUUGUAAAGACCAUAAACGAGAUCUUUCCCUUCGUCACUGUGGCCCCUGGCUGGCCUAACGAGGUGCUGAGCCAAGGUUACACGCUGCCUUUGAUCGAAGACAUGAUGAGGCUCUGUGAGGGACUGUGGCAGGAAGUGUCUUUCCAGCUGCAAGCCCGGGCUCUGGGGAGGUCGUUCCAGGGCAUCAGAAAGCUGCUGAAAAGCACCUCCAGGUUCUCCUUAACAACGGAGCACCGACCUGAGCAGGGAAGCUAUUUCUCAGGUUACAAGGGACUGAUUUUAAUCCGAGCCGGACGCAGGGAUAGAAUCUUCUACAAUCUUUCCAGGAACUACCGGGGCAACUUUUUCAGGGAUACCUUCACUUCUUAGCCAUUUUCCUCACCUCCACCUAUAAUAAUAUUGCUUUGACCAAUAUUGCUUUGACUUUUGCUAAGCAUUGCACUGCAUUGUUUAUCUUUGAACCCAGUUUCCCUGAUUUCUGACAAGAAAACGCAUAUUCUGUAAAUUCUCAUGCAAGACGGUGCUUGAUAAGCUUGUUAACCACUACCUUCUUUUUAAACGUUGAUGCACACAGCUUGAGAGCAGUUGGUUUUUUGUAAGUAAACAGCAACAAAAUAUUGAUGAGACGUAGAAAGAACUCUCAGUUUAUAAUCACA